ACCACUCAUCUCUGCUUCUCCCUCUCAUGGUCUCAUGGCCAUGGCGCCUCCAUUUGCAUCGUCGACAAGCUAGCACCACCACCACCUCGUCGGCGUCUUCCUCUUGCGUGUGAUUGGCUCCACGAGUAACCCUAAUUCGGAAGAGCAGUGGUGCUUGGCUCUCUAUGUAUCGGCGCUAGCUCCUCCGGCCAUGCCUCACCGACGCCGCUUGCCUAACCCGGGGCCGUCGCCUGCGGUACACCACCACCUCGCCGCCGACGACACGCGGCUGCCGCUGCUCACCGACUACGCGCUGCUGCAGGCCGUCGACGCCGCGGCGGUAGCAGUAGCAUCGGCUGCCCCGCCGGCCUCCGCGGAGUGGAGCGCCGGGAGCGGCUUCACCGGCACCGACGACCCGGCCACCGCCACCACCACCACGGCCUCCACCGCCACGGCGCCGACGUCGACCCUCGGGGCGCCUUCGUCGAACGCCGCCGCGGGGGGAGGCAGGGACACGUGGGUCCGCCGCGCGAGGGAGAGCUAUUACCUCCAGCUCUCCCUCGCCAUCCGCCUCACCUCCGAGGCCUUCCUCGCCGGCGUCCCGCCCGAGCUCCUCCUCCGCUGCGGCGCCGGCGACGCCGACCACCGCGCCGUCGCUGACGUCUCCGCCGAUGCCGCCGCCGUCUCCUACCGGCUUUGGGUGAAUGGGUGCUUAUCGUGGGGCGAUAGGAUCGGGCACGGGUUCUACAACAUACUCGGGGUGGACCCGCACGUGUGGGCGAUGUGCAACGCGGCGGCGGAGGACGGCCGGCGGCUGCCGACGCUGGCGGCGCUGCGGGCGGUGGACAGCGGCGAGUCGUCGCUGCUGGAGGUGGUGCUCGUCGACCAGUGCGCCGACGCGGCGCUCGCCGACCUCGAGCGCCGGGCGCUCGACCUCUGCCGCGACGCCGGCCUGUCGCUCGACCUCGUCCGCCGCCUCGCCGUCCUCGUCUCCGACCACAUGGGGGGAGCAUUGCGGUCGGAGGACGGGGACCUGUUCAUGCGGUGGAAGGCGGUGAGCAAGCAGCUGAGGAAGCGGAACAGGUGCGUCGUCGUCCCCAUCGGCAGCCUCUCCAUCGGCUUCUGCCGCCACCGCGCCAUCCUCUUCAAGCUGCUCGCCGAUUCCGUCGGCCUGCCAUGCCGGAUCGCGCAGGGCUGCAAGUUCUGCUCCGCGCCUCACCGGUCGUCCUGCCUCGUCAAGAUCGAAAACGAGAGAAGGUUUGUAAGGGAGUACGUCGUCGACCUCGUCGUUGAGCCAGGAAGGCUCAGCAGUCCAGACUCAUCGAUCAACGGCCAGUUGCUCUCCUACGUGCCUUCACCUUUCAAGACCUCCUGUACAAUGGGUUCUGCAAACUACGCAACACCGGUUGCUUCACGGAAUCACACCAUAGCUGAAGAUAGUCACAGCUCGAUACUGUCAAAUCCUCAGUAUACAGUUGCUAAGCACUGUGUUGCCGAGGAGAAGAGCUCUGCUCAGGUAACCAGCAAGGAAGCCAUGCUGCCAAAACGCAGUCAGAUCACGCUGAACGGCAACUGCAACAACAUGGAAGUAUUCGAUGUGUCGAAGCAGCUGAAGGCGAUGGAGAUGGGCUCCAAGAAUGGAGAUAAGGAGAACAUCACCGGUGCCACGCCUCUGAAACGGCUGAGCAUUGAGCCGUCUUUCGCCGUGGAUUGGCUCGAGAUAUCAUGGGACGAGCUCGAGCUCAAGGAACGCGUAGGCGCCGGUUCAUUUGGGACUGUGUAUCGUGCUGAUUGGCAUGGCUCGGAUGUUGCGGUGAAGGUGCUUACAGAUCAGGAUGUCGGCGAAGCACAGCUGAAGGAAUUCCUUAGAGAGAUUGCAAUCAUGAAGCGCGUUCGCCAUCCAAAUGUGGUGUUGUUCAUGGGUGCAGUGACAAAAUGCCCACAUUUGUCGAUAGUAACAGAGUACUUGCCCAGAGGGAGCCUCUUCCGUCUCAUCAACAAGGCAUCUACGGGAGAAAUGCUCGAUUUGAGGCGUCGUUUGCGCAUGGCGUUAGACGUCGCGAAAGGCAUCAACUAUCUCCACUGCCUAAAUCCUCCGAUUGUACAUUGGGAUUUGAAGACACCAAACAUGCUGGUGGAUAAGAACUGGUCUGUGAAGGUAGGUGACUUUGGCUUGUCCAGAUUUAAGGCGAAUACCUUCAUAUCAUCCAAAUCAGUCGCUGGAACUCCAGAAUGGAUGGCACCAGAAUUUCUUCGUGGCGAGCCAUCAAACGAGAAGUGCGAUGUGUACAGCUUUGGAGUGAUCUUAUGGGAGCUCAUGACAAUGCAGCAACCAUGGAGUGGCCUAAGCCCUGCACAAGUUGUAGGAGCAGUUGCAUUCCAGAACAGAAAGCUCCCAAUUCCACAAGAUACAGUCCCUGAGCUGGCUGCUCUUGUUGAAUCCUGUUGGGAUGAUGAUCCAAGGCAACGGCCGUCGUUUUCGAGCAUCGUGGACACGCUGAAGAAGUUGCUCAAAUCGAUGCUCGGUGGUUCAUGACGAAUGUUUCUGAAGAUUGUUGGUCACCUUUUUGGCUUUUUGGCUCUGUGUGUUAGUCUACAGCAAACAAUCAGUUCAUCUGUUUGCCUUCAGGCAUCUGAGUGCUCUAACAGAAAGGAGAGGCUAGCUGAAGCAGCACAAGCUCAAUGCUGCACCGAGUUCGUUAGGUCACCAUUUUCUUUCUUCGUUUUCCGCAUGAGAAUCCAAUAAAAAUAAUUGUGUUUUUUCUGCUCCUCUGUUUUUUUUUCUCGAAAGCGCAAAAGCCUUGCACGGAGGAAUGCUCCUCUGUUUCUCUGGAGUGCAUCUUGUACAGUGCAUUCAAAUUGAAAUUGUUGUGCAUAAUUCAGAUGGUCAUGAUUGGCUCGAUCUGCUACAAAAUGUCCUUUUUGAAAUUAUCCCACAGGA